AUCAUAAUUCUCACAAACCUUCUUAGUCGUCUAGAAGCUUUACCACAAUUAGUAAAAAAGGUGAGAAGCAGGAGAGCAGAUAAUCACAGACAGACACGAGACUGAUCGAACCAAAUCAGCGGUGAACAGUCGGGAGGGAAGGGAAGGGAAGGGAUGAUGAUCUCUCAAUUCUUCGUCCUAUCUCAGCGAGGAGAUAACAUCGUCUUCCGUGACUAUCGAGCCGAGGUACCAAAAGGAAGUACAGAGACAUUCUUCCGUAAAGUCAAGUUCUGGAAGGAGGAUGGUAAUGCAGAGGCACCACCUAUCUUUAAUGUCGACGGUGUGAACUACUUCCAUGUCAAGGUUGUUGGUCUCUAUUUCGUUGCCACUACGAGGGUUAACGUCUCGCCUUCUCUGGUUUUGGAGCUUCUACAAAGGAUCGCUCGUGUUAUUAAGGACUACCUCGGUGUUUUGAAUGAAGAUUCUUUCAGGAAAAACUUUGUGCUUGUCUAUGAGUUGCUUGAUGAAGUCAUUGAUUUUGGCUACGUGCAAACUACAUCAACCGAGGUUUUGAAAUCCUAUGUAUUCAACGAGCCAAUUUUGAUUGCUCCUGCACGCCUUCAACCUAUCGAUCCUGCUGCCAUCUUCACCCAAGGAUCCAAAAGAAUGCCUGGAACAGCUGUCACAAAGUCGGUUGUAGCUAAUGAUCCUAGUGGUCGGAGGAGAGAGGAAAUUUUUGUGGACAUCAUUGAGAAAAUCAGUGUUACUUUUAGUUCAAGCGGUUAUAUACUGACUUCUGAGAUUGAUGGCACCAUUCAAAUGAAGAGUUAUCUUUUCGGUAAUCCAGAAAUUCGUUUAGCUCUUAAUGAAGACCUAAACAUAGGCAGAGGAGGAGCAUCAGUAUAUGAUUAUAGGAGUUCUUCAGGUUCAGGGGUGAUACUUGAUGAUUGUAACUUUCAUGAGUCUGUUCGUCUUGAUAGCUUCGAUUCAGAUAGAACUCUGUCCCUGGUUCCACCAGAUGGUGAGUUUCCAGUAAUGAACUACCGUAUGACCCAGGAGUUCAAGCCUCCUUUUCAUGUUAAUACCUUGAUUGAAGAGGCCGGACGUCUUAAGGCCGAAGUAAUUAUUAAAAUACGCGCUGAAUUCCCUUCAGACGUAGUUGCAAACACGAUUACUAUUCAGAUGCCAUUGCCAAAUUAUACUUCUAGGGCUAGUUUUGAGUUAGAACUUGGUGCGACGGGACAGAAGACAGAUUUCAAGGAAACCAGCAAAAUGCUUGAAUGGAGUUUUAAAAAGAUUGUUGGCGGGGCUGAACAUACACUGCGUGCGAAGCUGACAUUUUCACAGGAGUUUCAUGGUAACAUCACAAAGGAAGCUGGGCCUGUCAGCAUGACGUUCACAAUACCGAUGUACAAUGUUUCUAAACUUCAGGUCAAAUACUUGCAGAUAGCAAAGAACUCAACUAGUCAAAAUCCGUAUCGUUGGGUGAGAUAUGUGACACAGGCCAAUUCGUACGUGGCUCGGAUAUGACCUACUUUCAUAUAAUGUUUUGUCUCUUUUGUAUGUCCCCAAGUAACUUUUCUCUUUCCCUUCUCAAUAAUGUUUGUUCGGAUUCUGAUCAUACUUGUUCUAAGUUCUAAGAUGUUGUUGAGGAGAUGCUUCACAGUACGAAUGUUAACUCUUCUAUCUUAUUUCUCUUUAUAUAUUUUCUUGUUUUUGGUUUUCA